UUUGGACAGGAACAAGCAUGGCACCACCUGUGAGGUACUGCAUCCCCGGCGAACGUCUGUGUAACUUGGAGGAAGGCAGCCCCGGGAGCGGCACAUACACCCGGCACGGCUACAUCUUUUCGUCGCUGGCGGGCUGCCUGACGAAGACCAGCGAGAAUGGCGCGCUCCCGGUGGUGUCUGUGAUGAGAGAAACCGAGUCCCAGCUACUUCCAGAUGUAGGAGCUGUUGUCACCUGUAAGGUCUCUAGCAUCAACUCACGUUUUGCCAAAGUACACAUCUUGUAUGUGGGGUCCACACCACUAAAAAAUGCUUUUCGAGGAACUAUCCGCAAGGAAGAUAUCCGAGCAACUGAAAAAGACAAGGUUGAAAUUUACAAGAGUUUCCGCCCAGGUGACAUAGUUUUGGCCAAAGUUAUCUCCCUAGGUGACGCACAGUCCAAUUACCUGCUGACCACUGCUGAAAAUGAGUUAGGGGUAGUGGUAGCCCACAGUGAAUCGGGUGUCCGGAUGGUUCCCAUCAGCUGGUGUGAGAUGCAGUGCCCCAAGACCCACACUAAAGAAUUCCGGAAAGUGGCCAGGGUACAGCCUGAGUUCUUACAAACCUAAGCACACUUCCCCUCAAAGACAGAGCCACCUGUUUCCAAGAGUACCAGUAUGAAAAGAACAUCAGUAUGCCACCGUCUUUAUUAAGGAUUCUACAGUUACCUAGCAACCACCUCUUGAAAAAUCUGCCAGAAAUAAGUUUUUGUUGUAAUGAGCACCCAAGGCCUAUGCAGCUGAGACAGGAAGAUUUUUAGUUCCCAAGUGUGAGUAUAGCCUAGGCUAUAUAGUAAGACUCUUUCAACCAAAAUAUAAAACACUAUUCUUGGGAAACAGUGAUUUUUAUUCUCUUGGCUGGUGUUACAUUCAGCAAACAAAACCAUGUAAUACUGGAAAUAGCUUAUGCCUUCUUUAUAAAUAUGUAUAUAUGUAUUUUUGCUAUGACUGGGAAAAAAUGCUUUUUACUUGUUAGUGGUAUAGUUUCUUUGGGGGGGUCGUAUUGAGACAGGGUUUCUCUGUGAAACAGUCUUGACUAUCCUGGAACUAGCUCUGUAGACCAGGCUGGCCUCGAACUCACAGAUACUCUCCUGCCUCUGCCUCCCAAGCAUGCACCACCACUGCCCUGCCUGGUUUAAUUUCCUCAUGUAUGUGUGUGUGUUAUGAGACCAAGCCCAGCUUUUCAUGUGGAUGCUUGGGAUUUUAACUCAGGUGCUCAUGGUUGGAAAACAGUUGCCCUUACUGUUAAGCCAUCUCUACAGCCCCUGCUGUCACUAUUUAAAAGGUGAACAUGGCAGUGAACUUUCUCAUUGCUUUGUUUUGUGUGUGUGUUUAUGUGCACCACAUGUGCCUCUGGAGGCCAGAAGAGUGCAUUGGAUCCCCUGGAACUGGAUGUGAGCCCCCAAAAUACUCCUAAUUACUGAGCCAUCUCUCCAGUUGCCAGUCUGUUUUGAUUUUUUUUUUAAUGAUCUGGCUUUAUUUUACUCUAGGUAGGGGGGCACAAAGCAAUCGUCUUUAAUAAAGUUGAAAUUUAGCUUCACUCAGAACAUUUUAAUAAUGCACAUUUUAAAAGAAGUAUUCACCUUACAAAUUGUUCUGCAAUCCAAAUAUACAACAGCUU